AUGCCGAUUGAGAAAGUGUUCACCAGCUGCAAGCAAACCAGUAAACUCUCGCUUCAUGGCAGCACCUCGUGCUCUAUAACUAGAUAUCAUUGCUUCGACAAAAACGACCUAGACCCGGCAGCUUCGGAUGCCUUGCCCGACCUUCAAUCUGAUUCCAGUGAGGCUGUUAUAGUCAGUGGUUCUGCCGGUUUCGAGGUGUCAGCGAGUUCUGCUCAAUCGAGCUCCUUGUUCAGGGACGAGCUAUGCACUAGCCGACACGCAGUCUCUUCACCACCUUGUAUAGCUCGUGACAGAACAAGCAGGUUUCGCAAAGAGCGCUGGAAGAAGCUGUCUCCAAUUGACCGGACAGAGUACAAUAUAGACCAAGAAAGUGGCCUCGGAAUGAAGUGUGUUGGUCAACCACAUGUCGGCUAUAAUUAUGGCUCGUUUAAACUGGCCAAACUGACAGCAGCUGAGAAUGUGAACAAAGAGACCUCUCCGGGUGAAAACCGUCCCGGGACACAGGGAUUUGAACAAAUAGUUUUGCCUGAAACCUAUGGUGUCUCUGAGACAGGGCCAAAUUGCAUGUCUCAUCGGUUUCCCAGGUUUCGGACCGAGAGGAGGAGUUUAUCAACCAGCGACUCCUCGACUCUCGAGCCUUCAGUCAACUCUAUUCGGGCCGAAUCUAAUAUCUCCUCCAUGCUAGACUGGCCGCCCCUUGGCAACCGAACUAACUCAAACUUCUCUGACAAUCAGACUAACUGUCCCCCUCUCUCCUUCUUCCAUCUUUCCUCCACCCUCAUCCCGGCACCCUACCCCGUCACUCUCUUCUCUCCGCUGAAAAAACACCUUGUCACCCCGGCCUUCGGCUGCCAUGGCGACACUCCUUUAUCGCCGGACUGUACAUCAUUUCAACCCGUGGGAGGCGUUCUCCUAUCAAAUAAUGAUGUAACUGACGGUGUCAUUGGCGCCAAAUGUGGCCAUACUCGCAGGUCCUAUGCUUCGCGUCACUACACCUCCUCGAGUGGCGGGGGAACCGGUCUUUCGAUCGCCUCCUACUCUUCGCCUAACGCCGUCUCAUCAAUCACCACCAGCAGCGGUGAUGGGGGCCCUGGAGGAGGUACCAGUUCUAUUUUCACCUCCGGACUCGUCUCUCUGGCGGCCACUGGAGCCUCGAUCGGCCUGACAGUAGGCCAGCAUUCAGUUGGGGGCCUUUCGAGAGCCGUCUUGGAGGCUAAUGACGCUAGUCCGUCGUCCUCUGCAGCCAACAGUGCCACCUCGGUGGCGUCGACUGUGGCUGUGGUAGGAGGUGUAGCUGUUGCAUCAGCAUUUGGACAAAAAUCAAGUCGCCGUACAGGCCUAUCCAAAAGGGCCGGCCUCGCUCGACAUGCCAGACUUAAGAGGACCCUAAAGACGAUGGGAGCAUUGGACAACGAUAAGAUGUGCAGAGAAAUGAUUGGAGAACAGGAGCGAGACGAAUAUGACGACUAUACGCAACGGAAGGAAGAGGAAGCAGAAGAGGCGGAGGCGGAAGCCGAGACUAAGACGCGGCUGUUCAGGUCUCAUGAUCGCCUCAAAACUAGCCUGCCUCACGAGGCGACAAGCAGCACUGAGGGCUAUAACAAAUUUGGCUCUCGACUCGGUCAGACGGAGACGAUCAGUGAAAACAACCAUCUCAUAUGCGCCCAAGUCUGUUCUGGCUACGAGGCGGAGAAUGAACGGAUUGUUGUGAAUGUCUCGGGGCUUCGAUACGAGACUCAUCUCAAAACGCUGAAUCAGUUUCCCAACACACUGUUAGGAAAUCCGAUAAAGCGAAACCGCCACUAUGAUCCGUUAAAGAAUGAAUAUUUCUUUGACAGAAAUCGGCCUAGCUUUGACGCCAUCCUCUACUACUACCAGAGCGGUGGUCGUCUCCGAAGACCCGUCAAUGUGCCAAUCGACGUGUUCACAGAGGAGAUACACUUCUAUGAACUGGAUGAAGAAGCCAUCGAGAAGUACCGCGACGAUGAGGGCUUUAUUAAAGAGGAGGUAAAGGUGCUACCAGAGAAUGAUUUUCAACGCAAGGUAUGGUUGCUCUUUGAGUACCCGGAGAGCUCAAUGGCGGCUAGAUGCAUAGCCAUUUGCUCAAUCUUUGUAAUAGUACUUUCGAUCGUGAUUUUCUGUGUAGAAACUCUGCCCCAUUUCAAACACUACCGUAUUCGGCAACGAGGUACCAGUGACUCCACCUCCGUGCUGCUAUUCACUUCUAACAAACACACAGAAAAUCUCUCCCAACCAGAAAAUCCCAACUACAGACCGCAAACACAAGGUCUCAUCACCCACCAACAAGAGGAGGUUGAUGAAUAUUUUUACGAGUGGAUGCAGAAUCUUAUCAUUGAAGAAGAUGAUCUGCCACAAAUAUCGGAGCCUUUUUUUCUUAUAGAGACAGUCUGCAUAAUCUGGUUCACUUUUGAGCUCCUGGUUAGAUUUGCCUCCUCACCAGAAAAGCUGGCCUUUUUUCAGGACAUCAUGAAUUUUAUAGACAUUGUUGCAAUAAUCCCAUAUUUUAUAACCCUGGGAACCGUGAUUGCAGAUGACACCAAGGGCCAGAAUCAGGCUAUGUCACUAGCCAUCCUCCGAGUCAUUCGACUUGUCCGUGUCUUUCGUAUCUUCAAACUCUCUCGUCACUCUAAAGGACUUCAAAUUCUUGGACAGACGCUAAAGGCUAGCAUUCGAGAGCUUGGGCUUCUUGUCUUUUUUCUUCUUAUCUCAGUGAUAUUAUUUUCUUCUGCAGUCUACUUUGCCGAAGUGGAUGCAGACAAAACCUAUUUUCGUAGUAUUCCCGAUGCCUUCUGGUGGGCGGUUGUAACUAUGACAACAGUUGGCUACGGCGACAUGCGUCCAGUGACCGUCUGGGGCAAGCUAGUGGGAUCACUUUGUGCCAUUGCAGGCGUUCUGACGAUUGCGCUUCCCGUACCAGUGAUAGUCUCAAAUUUCAACUAUUUUUACCACCGUGAAACUGAGACUGAAGACAAGCAGACCUACAUUCACGUUCAAUCCUGUCCCAGUUAUCGAAGCUCCAGCAUCAGCAGUUCUCGAUCUGGCAGUGACGAAAAGGACUCAUUUUCCGAAUCUCCAGAUCCCACGUCUGCUAAAAUGCCCAGACACAGGCUUCUUAUCGGCCUUGGGAGCCUAAAAAAGCAUGCCGACAAAACUUUACUUUCCUCUUCCAGAACCGAUUUGUCAAAGGCUGUCACCAGU